AUGGUGCUCUUUGUUUCCAAGUCGCUUGCGCCUUUGGCUCUCAUAGCUACAUGUAGCUCAGUUCUGGCUGCCUCUUCCAACUGUGUUGAGCUCCUAAUCCCUGUUACUGCGCAUGCCAACAACACAAAGUUCAAUACUGUGAGGGUCGAUAGUAAUGUUGAUGCAGUGGAAUUUACUCUAAGUAGAGAUCGGUGGGAUGCCCUUACUAUUGCCGAGAUUUCCGAAGGCAAUAUUGCGGUUGGUGGAGACUUUGAAAUAAGCGGCCACUUUUGUAUCCCGUCAACUCCGCGCAAUGGCCAAAAUACUCUGUUAAUUGCGUCUCAUGGCGUUGGCUUCACAAAAGGAUUAUGGGAUCCCACCUACAGACCGGAUGAUCUCUCAUUUGUGAAAGCUGCGUUAGCUCAAGGCUAUGCUGUUCUGGCCUACGAUCGCCUUGGGGCCGGUCUUUCAUCUCUUCCAGAUGCUUAUGAUUAUCUCCAAGUUCCGCUCCAAGGCGAAGUCCUUCGGGCCUUGACAGAGCGCGCCUUAAAUGGCACAAUCGUCACAGCCUCCGAGAGGACUGGAGGUAGUAGCAGUAUCACAGAUUACACGGCUCAAAACGUCGUACACGUGGGUCAUUCUUAUGGGUCAAUUGUCACCAACUGGUUCCUUGCGCGGUAUGGCUCCCUUAGUGCUGGCGCCAUCCUCACUGGUUUCUUGAUCGACAAUCAGUUUGCCAAUCUCAAGGUCGAAAUAGCCGACCUAUCAUAUGCUCCUGAGCAUAACCCUGCCCUGUUCGCAAACCGCACGAGCGGCUACCUGGCAUUUGGUAGCAUUACUGCUUUCCAAGCUGACAGCUUCAAAAAAGAAACUCUAGAUCCUAAUGUGCUUACCUAUUGGGACGAAAAUAUCCAGUCAAGUUUAGGAGUUGGGGAAGUUUUAACUCUUGGAACUGGAGUCGGAGAUGUUGUGGCCAAUUUUACUGGGCCUCUUCAGAUAUUUGUUGGUGAAAACGACUUUGCCUUUUGUGCCGGUCAAUGCACGGGCAUCUUCGAUCUGACUCAACUUCACGGCCUGUACCCUAACGUGAAGGAUCUUAACGUCUACCUUCAGCCCCAGACUGGACACGUCGUCCAAUUAUCCCUUAAUGCGACAGCAGGUUACCAGGUGAUAUUUGGUUUCUUGUCUAAAAAUGGGCUAUAA